UCGAUCAUUUCCGCGAGGAACUGAAAAAGGGGCUGGAAAUCGGCGAUCAUUUCCGCUAGGAAAUCAUCGAUCGUUUCCGCAAGUGCAAAAAAUGAAUAUGCACAACGUGGCAACUCUAAGUUGUUGGAAUGAUCUAGAAGGAGGUUUGCCGCAUCACAUGUCGCAUCGCACAUAGACGAGGCGGCACUGUUUCCUCCUAGCAUGUGGGCAGGCCCCCCCUCUGAUGGGCCAAGAACGACCAAUGGACCUGAAUCCUUCCACAGCAAUUACAAUAAAAAUUUUUACCAUCGGCCUUCAAUUCAUAGUGUCACGCAAGUUUUACUAGAAACGCAAGCUCUCACAAUGACAAAAAUUAACUCAAUCAAGAAGCAAUCUACAAAUGUUAUCCGGAAAGAAACCGCCGAUCGACUUGCAACAUCCAUCCAGGCAUGGAAUACAUGCAAAGAAGCAUUAGAAGGAGGCUCUGAAACGGCUCGCUUGAGGUACCUGAAGUUUAUGGGAUACCGAUUUCACGGGAAGAAAGUUUAAAGUUUUCGACUUAAAAUGUGACGUGAUAAUUAUUUUAUCUUAAAAAAAAACUGUGCGCACAGUUUCUUUGUUGUUUUUUUUUAAAGUGGAUUUUGAAAUGUUGAGAUGUGCAAAAAUCCUUACCGUGCGGACAGUUUCUUUAUUUUUUUUUAAAAAGAAAGAGGUUUUUUGAAAUUUUGCGAUUUGCAUAUACGUGAUUUAAGGGAGGGGGGGAAAAAGUUCCGAACUUUUACUUUUUACAAAAUGAAGUGGAGUUUUGGAACUUUUUGUCAACCGACCUCUUGUAUCUUCUUUUGCUACUUCAAAUCACAGUCUUCUUCUUGAAUCUUCUUGAAUCAAUGGGUGAGUACAUUAAUGUUUAUUUAGGGGAUAGUUUCAGGUUUGCCGACGUUGCCAACUCCUCCAAAUGGUAACAAAAAUUGUCAUGAAAUAAUUUGCGGAAAUGAUCGCCGAUUUCCAGCCCCUUUUUCAGUUCCUCGCGGAAAUGAC